AGUGUGCUACCCGUAAAUUUGGAUUUGCUUUCUUCAACUCUUCCCUCUCUCACACUACUCUGUGUGAGUGCUUUCUGGUAAGUCAAUGGAGAGCAACGCAGAAGCUCCGCUUCUUACCUCCAAAAAUCCCACACACAACACUCACUUCACCGGCGACGUCGAAGAUAUCCCUCCGAUAAACGACGUAAAAGAUUUUUUUCUUCAAUUUGGAAUCGAAUCAAAGAAGCUCUGGUACCUUGCUGCCCCUGCGAUUUUCACUUCCAUUUGUCAAUACUCGCUUGGCGCCAUCACGCAAACCUUCGCCGGUCAUGUCGGAACUCUAGAUCUCGCCGCCGUCUCCAUCGAAAACUCCGUCAUUGCCGGUUUCUCUUUGGGAAUCAUGCUUGGAAUGGGCAGCGCGUUGGAAACGUUGUGUGGGCAAGCAUUCGGAGCAGGUCAAGUGGAUAUGUUGGGCGUAUAUAUGCAGAGAUCGUGGGUGAUUCUGUUCGUCACUGGUCUAAUUCUGAUGCUUCUCUACAUCUUCGCGACUCCAUUACUCCUCUUCAUCGGACAAACAGAAGAUAUCUCUCAGGCUGCGGGGCAGAUGGCGUUAUGGAUGAUUCCGCAGCUGUUUGCUUAUGCUUUUAAUUAUCCGAUUGCUAAGUUUCUUCAAGCGCAGAGUAAGAUUAUGGUGAUGGCUUACAUAUCUGCGGUGGCGCUUGUUCUUCAUACGUUUUUUAGCUGGUUGUUGAUGUUGAAGUUGGGGUGGGGGUUAUGGGGUGGAGCUUUGGUGCUUAACCUUUCAUGGUGGUUCAUGGUGGUUGCUCAGAUGAUUUAUAUUCUCAGUGGGACUUGUGGUCGAGCAUGGUCAGGGUUUAGUUGGGAAGCUUUCAGUAAUCUAUGGAGUUUUGUGAAGCUUUCUCUUGCAUCAGCUAUCAUGCUAUGCUUGGAAGUCUGGUAUUUUAUGGCAUUGAUACUUUUUGCUGGAUAUAUAAAAAACGCCGAAAUUGCAGUCGAUGCCUUAUCCAUAUGUAUGAACAUUCUUGGGUGGGCAGUAAUGGCAUCAAUUGGAUUUAAUGCCGCUAUCAGUGUAAGGGUGUCAAAUGAAUUAGGUGCAGCCCAUCCAAGAACAGCGAAAUUCUCAAUCGUGGUGGUGGUUAUCUCUGCAUUUCUGGUGGGAAUUUUGUUCGCUAUUUUUCUUGGCAUUUUCCGGAAUCAGUAUCCAGCUGUAUUUGCUGAUAGUUUAGAAGUUCAACAAGCUGUAUAUGCUCUCACCCCAUUGCUAGCAGCUUGCCUUAUCAUUAACAAUAUUCAACCCGCACUUUCUGGGGUGGCAAUUGGGGCAGGAUGGCAAGCUGUGAUUGCUUAUAUAAACAUUGCUUGUUAUUACAUCUUUGGCAUUCCUUUGGGACUCACUUUGGGAUUUGUAGCGAAUUGGGGUGUAAAGGGUAUAUGGAUAGGCAUGUUAACGGGAACAGUAGUCCAGACGGUUAUCUUGGUUUGGAUUUGUUACAGAACCAAUUGGGACAAAGAGGCAUCCAUGGCUGAAAAGAGAAUUAGAAAAUGGUCGGGUCAAAAAGAGGUCGAGGGUGAGCACUAAAAGGAUUAUGGGUUGUUUGAUAAUAUAUGAUUAAUUUAGCGCUAAAUGAUUCGAAGGCUUUUUAGAUGAAUUGCAGCCGGAUGAAAACGUGUUAUUUUUUGUAAUGUUGCUAAAUGGAUAUUCUAAAUGAGAAAAUUACCAGUGUAACAUUUUUUGUUGAAUGAAAUAUUCAAUGUUUGAUA